CCCAGAACAAACGCUUGACAAAUCAAGCCACACCGACACGUGACUCAGCCUCACGCUUUCCAACACCGCAACGUCAAGUGUGGCGCAAAGCUAGAGCAAAGUGCAAUCGCAAUGCUCACGAUCAAAGUAUUUCGACACCCGCUUCGUCCCCCUCGCAACAUCCUCCCCAUCUCACCUCAAAAAGACUCUGUGCAUCAUGGCGAACUUUUUGGCUUCAAUUUUCGGUACCGAGCUUGACAAGGUCAACUGCUCAUUCUACUUUAAAAUCGGUGCCUGCCGUCACGGAGACCGAUGCUCGCGCAAACACGUCAAGCCCUCGUACAGCCAGACGAUCCUCAUGCCCAACCUCUACCAGAAUCCCGCCCACGACCCCAAGAACCGCAUGAACCCGUCGCAGCUCCAGAACCACUUUGAAGCCUUUUACGAGGACAUUUGGUGCGAGCUCUGCAAGUACGGCGAGCUCGAGGAACUCGUUGUCUGCGACAACAACAACGAUCACCUUAUCGGCAACGUCUACGCGCGAUUCAAAUACGAAGAUUCGGCCCAAAAGGCCUGCGACGAACUCAACAGCCGCUGGUACGCCGCGCGCCCAAUCUACUGCGAACUCAGCCCCGUCACCGACUUCCGCGAAGCCUGCUGCCGUCUUAACUCGGGCGAGGGCUGCGUGCGCGGCGGCUUCUGCAACUUCAUUCACCGCAAGAAGCCCUCGGAUGAACUCGAUCGCGAAAUCACCCUCAGCACCAAGAAGUGGCUGCGUACGCGGGGUCGCGACGAGCGCAGCGUCAGCAGAUCGCCGACACCUGAGCCUACACGACGCCGCUUCUAAGCAAGAGAUUGAGUAUGAUGCUACUGCAAUAAUUGGAGGGGGGUUAACCCCGUGUAUAAUGGCCUAGAUAUGCAGCAGAGCUGCGUUUCGACGAUAUGGCGACAAAAAGAAGAGGAAGGAAAGAAAAAGAAUGAAACUGGGGUGCAACAACAGGCAAGGAGCCUCAAAAUAUUUCGUGUUUUUUUUGGUACUGUCAUUUGGCUGGCGUUUAUCUUCUUCACUGUUUACUUGUUUGGGCAUUGCUUUUCUGAACGGGUUCAUAUUUUCUGUACCGCAUAAACUCUUCUGCCUCGGAUCAAGAAAUUAAACAUGUAUUCACUACGUCUAUGAUUGUUUACCGUUGACACGUGCAAAUGUGAAACUAUAAUGAUGAUGUGAUAUUAAUCCUAAAAAGAACGGGUAAAAGCGGCAAAAAUUAACACUAAAAUGUGGCUUGCUACAUGAAAAGUUUAUGUACAGUUGUAGCAGAGGCUUCUAAGACGUGCCAUGUAUACGCCUCGGGAGGAACUGGAGAAUCAUCAAAGAGUAGCGGCGGUGAAGAGUGUACGACUAGAGGUCAAUCAGCGAGCCUUCAGCAGGCUUGCCAGUAUCCUGUAGCAUUUGUUCCACAUCGUUGGCUGGAUGGAUCUGCUGCUUCACCUCGGAUUCGCCACCAAAGUCUAUCAAGCUAUCCUCACCCUUGGACGCUGACUGUUCCGCAGGCUGUGCAGGCGCCUUGGGAGGGGUUCCGAGGUUGGCCACGGUCUGUCCGUCGAUAAUGGGGUAAAUGGCCAAGACUUGGUCUCGCUGAACAUCGGGUGCGGCGGUCGAAUCGCUGGUAUCUGUUAGCAAACUUCAGUGCACCCCAAGAGGAUAAGCAGAAACAACUUACAUGUGAGCAUCAAUGAUCCAUUCCAAGUCACCCUCGCCCUCUUCCACAUCGCCAGGAACUGCGUGGACCGCACGGAAAAGCUUUGGCUUCCACUCAGCGCCCUCUUGGGCUCUAGCAGCAGCUUCCUCGCGCUGACGGUCCUCAAUUUUGGUCUUUUCGUCUGUCGCAAGUUCGUGGUUUCUGUCAAUCACCGCCUUGGCUGUCGGGGCCCAUAGCUUUUGUGAUUCACGCUCCUCUUGCUCAUCGAGUGGGCGGGUGGAUGGAGCGCUAGGCUGGGCGGUUCGGGCAUCGAAGAACAUCUCGCGGUGGCCAGUCUAUUUUCCAAAGUUAGCAUCGUGAAAGUCAUAGACGUGUCAAAACCAGCUUACGGCCAUGUCCUUGAUGAACAUCUCCUCGUUCCACAUUCCCGAUAGUUCGUAGAGAAUUUCGCCAGUGCUCUCCUUCUUGAUGGAGCCGCCAAUAGCGUUGUAAGUGCCGCCUACCCAACCCUUGGUUUUAAAGUCGACGUCUGCAACAAGAUCUAGCUCGGGGCAACGAACAAAGCUGUGGUCUCCGAGCUCAUAUUUCAUCUUGCCGAAAAGAAUACCGCGGGCGUACAUGUUGGGCUGUGUGAUGAUGCUGUGGUAGGUGUUAGCAUAGGUCAAUCCUUUUGGGCAGAUCAAGUCUACGUACUAUCUCUCUCCCUUGGACUUAUUUUCGCCACGGUUCAGGAGCGUCAGAUAUGCAAUUCCUUCCAUCAUACUGGCAGCCGAGUUGCCUAGAAACUUGCUUCUGGGCUUGAGCGUGCCGUCGAUUCGGAUGUGGUGAUCGGGCGCCAGGUAAAAGUAGCUAGACUUGGGUGGGUGGUGAGAUGUUUGUUCGGAAAUGUAGUAGGCUCGCUUGUUGUCUUCGAGCUGCCAGUAGCAGGUGUAGAUUUCUCCAAGAAUAGGGUUCAAUGGCUUCUUGACACCUGGUGGGCGAAUGUGCCAGCCGCUGAGGUAAAACUUGACGACGGACAGGAAGCGCUCGGUAGGAUCAUCGAUGUUGGGGAUGUGAAGCAGCAUUUCGGGAUGGCACAUGAAGUUAGUUAUUCUCUCCAGCAUGCUUCGAGGCUCCAGGAUGAAAGUAGGAAGGACGACACGGCUGAGAUCGGCGCCAGGACGAAGCUGGGAGAUGAUAUGGGAGAGAACUGCACCUUGUUAGCUCCGGAAGCUCGGCCGUUGUGUGCUGCUGCUAAGCAGCAUCUUGAAGACCUACCGUUGCCCUGCUCGGGCUCGACUACCUGAGUGUCAUCUUCGCCAUCGGAGCGGUUAUUCUCGUCGGCAGACGUUCGGCUGGCUUCCGGUUGGGCAAACCAACCCGUUAGCAUGGACAUUUCGCUGACGAUGGCGCGGGGCUGUGCAGGUGGUUUCGGUGCUUUGUGCUGUCAAACAGAAAGACGGGCGGGAAAGGGAUACGAUGCGAAUAGCAACGCUGCUGAAAUGGAAGACAAUAGAAAAUGGUCCCCAAGUCAAGAAUCGCAAAGAAUGGAGUGGUGAGGCCAAAGAGGUCAAACAAAAAAAACGUUGGAAAAAACUCACCCCGCCGAAGAUGCGUUAAACCCAUGACCAUGGCGCUAGAGUUCAGUUGGGUCGGUGCCUGCGGGGGGCGCCGAGGGGUGGACUCUGAGGCCGCGCACUCAGGGAGGGGGAGGGGCGUCUUUUUUUGGUCUGCGUGUGAAGCUGGGCACGAGGGAUUGCUAGGUGGCGAGAGUUCUUUUUGGGUGUAAUUCCGAUUCAGACUGAGAUGAAUCAGAGGAGGUGAUUUUUUAAUCGAAGAGUUCUUGUAUGAUAGCUGUUUAGAGAGUUGUGUUAGAGAACGGUCGGCGUGGGAUGGACGGAUUGAUGACGCAACUACUCGCUAGUGGACCAGUACAGUACACUACGGCGAUGUCGUGUACAGGGCGUUUGCGCUUGCUUUUGUUGAGGGGCCGGGGGGAGCAACUGACAGCUACAGCUACAGCUUUCAGCUACAGUAGCAACGCGAUGGGAGUUGUAGAUUGAUGGUGAUGAUGCGGGAAAAGUAAAACAAUAAGAACAGAAAACAAAAGGAAAGAAAAUGGCGACAAACCUCAAAAGUCUAGUAAAAGACGCGCUAAAUCAAGGAAUGCCUGACAGAACAACCUUCUGCCCAAGAAUCGUUGCAACGGACACAGGGAACCUCAAAAACAAAUGGCCGACGUCACAGAAGAUGAUCCCCUGUAGUUGGUGCUGUCCGGUACCGCUGGCUCCACUGUAAAGUUCAAGGCACUUGCUGGGCGAUCAGGGAAACUGAUGAUGUGCGAUGGCCUGUAGAGUUUUAGUUGUAAGUAGGCAAAGACGUAUAGAUAAAGUUAAAAGGCACGGAACAAAAGGAAGAUCACAAGAAAAAAUAUGGCGUCAAUUCCAGGCCUCGGUGAGAACGGAAGGAAAAUAAAAAACCAGAAAAGAGGAGGUGCUGCAUAAUCGGGCGUCACCACCAUUUUUCCAUUAUAGGGCGCCUGGCUGGUGACUCCUCACCAAUAGAUCGC